AUGAGUUGGAACUCCCGAGGGCUUGGGAACCCUCGGGGAGUUCGAACCCUUCGAGAUCUUGUUCGGAGGGAAGAUCCCGAUGUCGUCUUCAUUAUGGAGACGCGAUCUAGCCAUUCUCGCAUGGAACUCCUUAAGGAAGUAAAUUUAGUUUUACAGUCUUAUUCUCAAUUUCAUUUUGAUGCUUUUGUUUCGGACCCAAUUUCUGGUGUUUCUUGGCAUUUGUCUGCAAUUUAUGGGCAUCCGGAAGUAAAUCUUAGAAGGGAUACUUGGGAUUUGUUACAUCUAUUGAAAGAUCGAUUUGAUGGGCCAUGGUUGUGUUGUGGUGACUUUAACAAGAUUUUGGAAAGGUCUGAGAAAUUCGGGGGUAGGGAGAGACCUGCUAGCCAGAUGAGAGGUUUUCGUGAUGCUUUGGAUUAUUGUCAAUUACGCAGCAUGGAUACUGUAGGGUCUUUGUACACAUGGUGUAAUAUGAGGGAGGGAUAUGCUCUUAUUCAUGAGAGGUUGGACAGAUUUGCUAGUAAUGUGGAAUGGCUUGAAUUAUUUCCCACUAGUAGAGUCUGUAAUAUUAUUACACCAGUCUCAGACCAUAGUUGUUUGGUCUUGAGUACGGAUGUUUCUACGCAAAAUAUCUCCAGGAAGUCUCGUUCGUUUAAGUUUGAAUCAAUGUGGGUGGGUGCAAGGGGUUGUGAGGAAGCUAUUGCUAAUGCUUGGUCGAUAGAAUCUGAUGCUUCCUUGAUUGACAAAAUAAAGCAUUGUCGUUAUAAUUUGACUGAAUGGAGUAAGGAGUGUUUUGGCAAUGUUAGACAGAAGUUGUCUAUGAAGAGAAGGGAGUUGGAACAAUUACAGAUCUUACAGGUUGUUCAGCCUUGUAAUUCUGAUUCUGUGAAUGGCGAUCUAGUGCAUGAGUUCACAGCGUCCGAGAUAAGGGGAGCCUUGUUUCAAAUGCAACCAUUGAAAGCUCCGGGUCCGGAUGGAGUUAUGCCUUCUGAUUUAAACCUUACAAAUAUUGUUUUGAUUCCAAAGACCAAACAGCCUGAGUAUUUGAAGGAUUUUCGACUGAUUAGUUUGUGCAAUGUGAUUUACAAGGUCAUUGCAAAGGUUUUAGCUAAUAGGCUGAAAUUAGCUUUACCUGGAGGUAUUUCUAAGAACCAAUCAGCUUUUGUUCCUGGAAGGUUGAUUACUGACAAUGUUUUAGUGGCCUUUGAAACUGUGGAUGCUAUUAGAAGGAGGAAGAGGGGGAGGAAGGGUUAUAUGUCUAUUAAAUUAGACAUGAUUUCGUAUAAAGUUACUGUGAAUGGGGUUACCACCCAGCCUAUUAAGCCCACCCGUGGUCUACGUCAAGGGUGUCCCCUCUCUCCCUAUUUGUUUGUUUUAUGUGCGGAGGCACUUUCUUUAUUAUUGAAGCAAGCUGAAGAGCAGCAUCUUCCAAAGGGUGUUAGUGUGUGUCAUAAUGCUCCUCGAGUCAGUCACUUGUUCUUUGUGGAUGAUAGUAUCAUUUUCUUUCAAGCAUCUGUUUCAGAAAAUCAGCAUCUUAAAAAUUUGAUAUGUUGUUAUGGUGUGGCAUCGGGUCAGCAGUUAAAUAUGGGUAAAACAGAAUUGCUUUUCAGCCGCAAUACAAAGCCAAGUGUGAUAAGUGCUAUUAAAGAUGUGUGGGGGGUUCAAGAUAUUCAGCACCAUGCUAAAUAUCUUGGGCUUCCUUCUUUUGUGGGAAAAUCACAUUAUCAGACUUUUAAAGUAAUUAAGGACAGAGUUUGGGCAAAGUUACAAGGGUGGAAAGAAAAAUUAUUGUCACAAGCUGGCCGUGAGCUGUUGAUCAAAGCGGUAGUUCAAGCUAUUCCCACUUACGCAAUGAGCUGCUUCAAGAUUCCAAGGGGUUUCUGUAAAGAACUUGAGGGGAUGAUUGCAAGGUUUUGGUGGGGUCAAAGAGGUCAAGAAAAAAGGAUACAUUGGCUGAAUUGGCGAAAAAUGUGUCAGUCCAAAUUUAUGGGUGGACUGGGAUUUCGGGAUUUAGAAGUUUUUAAUAUCUCAUUAUUGGCAAGGCAAGCCGUCAUAUGUGUGCGUAGCAUUUUUGAAGCAAAACCUGUUAUCAAAGCGGAGAGUUUAUGGCGUAUUGGUAAGGGUGAUAACAUCAAGAUUUGGGGAGAUAAUUGGCUUACUGACUUGAAUUCCAAACAUGUUGUUACUAGAUGCAAUACCCUUGCUGAGGAUGCUUGUGUAGCUGAUUUAAUGGAUCCCUCUACUCCUAGUUGGUGGAAUUUAGAUUUGGUCAAACAGGUUUUGUGGAACUUACAGCUUCCAAAUAAGAUUAAAAAUUUUAUAUGGAGAGCUUGUAAGGAUAGUUUGCCCACUAAAAAGCUCUUAUUUCAGAGGCAUGUUCUGGGUUCUUCUACUUGUGUUUUUUGCCAUGAUGCUUGUGAAGAUGUUUCCCAUAUUCUCUGUCAGUGUCCUUAUUUUCUUAGAAUGUGGGAAAUGUAUUUUGGAAGAGAUUUGAGGUUGAUAUUUGGCUAUUCUAGGUUUGUCACUACUGUUAAAGCAGUUAUACGCCUUAAUGAUCAUAUUAUUUUGACUCGAUUCUUGAUAAUUGCUUGGGGUGUGUGGAAAUUUCGUAACCUGAUGUUUUUCCAGCAAACCAGUACUCUUGAUGUGUGUGUUGUGGUGGGUAAUUGUCUUGAUUAUGUUGAGAACUAUCAGUUACUUCGACAGCAUGUUAAAGUUCAUAAUCAGAUUUCAACUUUGUGCUGGUUACCUCCACCAUGUGGGUCUUUUAAACUGAAUGUAGAUGGAGUCAUUUUUAAGGCCUUGAAUUGUUCUGGGGUGGGUACUGUACUGCGGGAUGAAAAGGGUUGCAUGGUUUUGGCAAUGUCUAGAAGGGAGUUGGGUAUUCAUGAGGUAGAAGAUAUAGAAGCGCUUGCAGCACUUAGGGGUUUGCAAUUAAUUUCUCACUUGGGUAUUUCUCAUCUGAUUUUAGAAGGGGAUUCACUUGCUGUGAUGGAAGCUAUAUGUUCAAGGGGGGAGAUUUUGGAUAGGUGCAGUAUUUUAAUCCAUGAGGUGAAGAAGAUGCUGUUCACUUUUGCGUCUUUUGAAGUUCUGCAUGUGGGAAGACAUGGUAACGAGGCUGCACAUAUUCUAGCUCGUCAAGCAAAGUUUGUGGAUGAUACGCUGCAGUGGUGGAAUGAUCCUCCAGAUUUUCUUCGAAGUAGACUUGAAGUGGAUGCAGGGCGUGUCCUUCCCUAG